GGCUCUCUGAGUCGCUGAGCGCCUCGUGGUGGAAGAGAAAUGUCAUGUUCACUUUAACAGUUGCUAACCAGUACAGUAAUAUUAGAGUACUUAAUCGGCCGUUGCUGAGAGUAAAACCAGGCGGUAAUUGAGCACACAACCUCCAGCUAAUGACCGAUCAUAUCCAGGACGGUUUAGUUGAAGUUUUUCUUACUGUACCAGCAUGAAUCCAGCCGGACUGUUGUGUGAAAGCGAGCGGCCGCGUCACCGUCCUUUCCUGAUCGGGGUGAGCGGAGGAACAGCCAGUGGAAAGUCCACGGUGUGUGCCAAAAUCAUGGAGCUUUUGGGUCAGAACAUGGUUGAUCACCACCAGAGGAAGGUCACUAUCGUCAGUCAGGACAGUUUCUACCGGAUUCUCACUCCAGAACAGAAGGCCAAAGCUUUGAAAGGCCAGUACAACUUUGACCAUCCAGAGGCAUUUGAUACGGAGUUCAUGUGUCAGACGUUGAAGGAUAUAGUAGAAGGGAAGGUGGUGGAGGUUCCAACAUAUGACUUCGUCACCCAUUCCAGGCUGCCAGAGAAGAUAUGUGUGUAUCCCGCUGAUGUGGUGCUGUUCGAGGGGAUUCUGGUGUUUUACACACAGGAAGUCAGAGACAUGUUCCACAUGAAACUGUUUGUGGACACGGACUCAGAUGUACGCCUGUCUCGCAGAGUUCUGCGUGACAUGAGGAGAGGUCGAGAUCUGGAACAGAUUCUCUCACAGUACACCACGUUUGUUAAACCGGCCUUUGAAGAGUUCUGCCUUCCGACCAAGAAAUAUGCAGAUGUCAUAAUACCUCGUGGAGUUGAUAACAUGGUGGCAAUAAACCUGAUUGUUCAGCAUAUUCAGGACAUCCUAAACGGUGACAUCUGCAAAUGGCAGAGGGGUUCUGUCAAUGGACACGCCCAUGGGCGGAGUCUAAAGAGGGGCGUGGCCGAACACAGUGAGAUAUCGAGCGGAGGCGGGAAUCUUCCAGUAAAACGCCCCCUACUGGAGCCCAGCACACGACCACAUUAACACACACACA